ACCAAAUGGAAGUAUUAGCGUCCACUUUUGUGGCUAACAGGUAUAGUGUCUGUAACAGGUUUCUUUCCAUUUCUGCAGGGCAGACAGUUUGUUGGGGUGGAACACAGCAACCACGUUACAAAAUAGUUUAUUUUCAUGAUGCUUCACGCAGGACCAGCUAUGAAGAAGCACACCUUGCCUGCAAAGCUGAUGGUGGACAUCUAGUCAGCAUUGAAACAGAAGCAGAGCAAAGACUGAUUGAACAAUGUAUUGAGAGUCUCUUAGCUUCUGACGGAGAUUUUUGGAUAGGGCUUAGGAGGAAAAAGGAGGAGGUAGACAAUAGUACAGACUGUCAGAACCUGUACUCCUGGUCAGAUGGCAGCUCUUCCAAGUUCCGGAACUGGUAUGUAGAUGAACCAUCCUGUGGGAGUGAAAUCUGUGUUGUGAUGUACCACCAGCCAUCUGCCCCACCAGGUGUUGGAGGUCCCUACAUGUUUCAAUGGAACGAUGACAGAUGCAACAUGAAAAAUAACUUCAUUUGCAAAUAUUCUCUUGAGAAGCCAAAGAAUACUCCAGUAGAGAAUUCUCAAAGAGAUCUGGCAACAGAGCCCUCGAACCCAGUAUUCCCAGUAGAACGCCAUAAAAAAGAUGCUAAUGUAACAGUUGUAGAAGCCAAAGAACCUGUUCAGAGUCUUGCCUACAUCCUUAUUCCCAGCAUUCCUGUGCUGCUUCUCCUGAUGGUCGUUAUACUCAUCUUCUGGUUUUGGCUUUUUAUGAAGAGGAGACAGGAGCAAAUAGAUGCAAGCCCAAAGGAGGAAGAUGCAUGGCUGUCUAACCCCAGAAGGAACAGUCCAAAUCUGGAUAUUUACAAAGUAAUCAAGAAGCAAUCAGAAGCAGAUCUGGCUGGAACAAGGCCUGACACUAAGAAUUCUUCCUUCCGUACACAGGAAGAUAAGGUGCUUGACAGCCUCUCCAGGGAUUAUGACGAUGUGGCAAUGAAUACAUCAACAAGUGGCUUUGUGACAUUGGCCAGUACUGAAAGUGGCUUUGUGACCAAUGAUAUCUAUGAGCUGUGUGGAGAUCGUGUGGGGAGGAGCAAGGAAUCAGCCUGGGUGGAGAAUGAGAUUUAUGGAUAUUAAGGAAUUGGACAAAAAAAGCC